AUGAAAAAAGCUGUGAUGGCAACGCUGGAUCAUUAUUGUUCAACUGAUGAAUCUCCUUGUCACGAGAAUUGUCCGACAGACACAGACAGCUGGUGUGAAUGGCGCAAAGCCGAAGCUACGGAUCGUCUUGCAUCCUUCAAACAUUCUGCUCGAUUGAUUGACGAAAAAGUGGAGGAACAUAUUCGUCCAAUCUACGAAGAACUUUCGAAUGACGAUCUCAUGACGCGAUGCUUAGGUGGACACACGCAAAAUUCGAACGAAUCGUUCAACUCCACUGUCUGGCGCAUAACUCCGAAACAUCUCAAUUCUGGUCAAAAAAUCGUAGAAAUUGCUGCGUAUAUGGCUGCAGGAAUGUUCAAUGAAGGAUAUUCAGCAGUUCUACAGACCAUGCAAUUACUCAAUUUGAAAAUUGGCCAGCAAUGUAAAAUGUUUGCGGAUAAUGUCGACAUACAACGGAUUGAACGAGAAAGGCGACGUUCGUCUCUUUCCAGUAAGGAAGCUCGUACGGCCCGUAAACUUGAACAACUUCAACAAAAUGAGUUCCAUGAGGAAGCUGAAGGUCUUUUGUAUGGCGCAGGAAUAGCUCAUUAG